AUGGAUCUCGCCUCCGCCGCAGGCGACCAUCCGAAUAACCUCAUUCACUCCCUCGACUCUCCUCUUCCCGUCUCAGCCACAGCUUCCUCUACCCCGGUCGUGUCUCAGCAACCCGUGAACCCUUCUCAACCCGCCUCCCACGCCAACUCACCCGAUCGCAAACCUAAAAAGUCCUCCUUGACCUGUACCACUUGUCGCGCUCGCAAGGUACGAUGCAAUGGUGCCCGCGACAUCUGCUCCAACUGUGAGCGACUAGGCUUUCCCUGCUCCUACGACGAUGGCGACACAGGUGCUUUAUCUGGCGCUCUACCGCGCCGCCGGGUUCGACAAGCUUGCAUCAGCUGCCAUAGUCGAAAGGCCCGAUGUUCCGGCCAUGUGCCCGCAUGCGAUCGCUGCCGCUCCCAAGGCAUUGACUGUGUUUACAGACCAAGCAAGAGGGCGCGCAUUGCUUUGAGAGGAGAAGGCCGCAGCCCACAAAGCCAAGAGGGCGAUCGAGAGGAUGGUCAUAAUGACAGCGACCCUGGAUUGACCGACCCGGCCAGCACCGCAACGCCCCAAGGGUUUGCACCAGAAAUUCCCUUCCCAGACGAGUCUUUCGACGCUCUAAUAGGCCGAACUUUCAAUAAGUUCUUCAAUCAUGUCCAUCAUAUUCCUAUGUUCUCAUUUCUACACCGAGCAUCUCUUGAAGGACGAUACAAUACGGGCAAGGUUGAGAAGGCUUUGUUGCUGGCCCUGGUUGGCAUAACAUCGUACCUUACGGAUAUGGGUCCUGGCAUGAAGGAGUACGGUGAAAGGUGUAUCGACGAUGCUGAGGGUCUCAUUUUCGCUGAUUACACACGGCCUUCAACCAUCAAAGUGCAAGCGCUUGUCCUAAUUAUCAAGCAUCGUAUCCUGUCCAAGAAAUCUCCAAACGCUUUUAUGCUGUUGAGUAUAGCAUCACGAUAUGCUGCAGCUUUACGUUUGAAUCACGAAGCUCCAAAUCUUUGUUUCCUUGCUCAAGAGUCUCGACGUCGGCUCAUGUGGGCACUCUACUGUAUCGACUCGGGUGUCUCAGGCGGAUAUCGUGACUACUCUCUGUGGAGUGCUGAUAAAAUCCAUGUAGGAUUGCCAUGCAACGAGCGCAACUUUGAAUUUGACCUUCCACAACCAACCGAAAGACUUAUUCAUGACCCAGACAAGUCACGCAACCCCCAGGCUGAAGACGUCGGAAGUUUAGCUCUUCAUGUUCGAAUACAGCAUAUGAGACGACGUAUCAUGGAGUUUUCUCGUCGUGUAAUGCUAACUCGCACUACCAAACCUGACGAACUUCAAACCGGCAUCUGGGGACUUCAAAAAGAUCUCAGCGACUUCGCGACACACCUACCCGCCUCUUUCCAAUUCUCAGAAACCUCACUGAGACUCCGGGCCUAUUCCCCUCGAAUCUGCAUUUUUAUCAUGAUCCACGUUUGGUGGCAUCAGUGUCAGAUCGAUCUAUAUCGUCUUGCACUCGGCGGUCUUCGCGAGGCUCUUCCUCGUGCAAUCCUGGCCACUCUUGACGAUGGAUUUGUUGAGCAUUGUCAACAGCAGUGUGUUCAACAUGCCAUGUCGAUGGCCAACAUAUUUUCCUCCAUGCACAAGCUCAACGCUAAGCCCGUUACCGACCUGGACAUGGCUAUUUGUGCGUAUCAAUGCGCUCGCGUGUUGACCUACGCAUACCAUACCAAUGGUCCAAAAUACGAUCUCAACCUGGAUGCCGUUAUGGAGCGGGCCAAGAUCUGUUUGUCAACAAUCAAAUCUUGCUGCGCAGGAAAGACAGCAGAGGGCAUUCAAGUUGAUUUGGAGAGGCUGAUAUCUCACGGGAUCGCCAUCCGCGUGCCUUCAGGAACCCCAGAUCCUCAUGGUCGACUUUCUCUCGACAAUGGAUAUUCCCAAACCCUGCGUCAACACGGCCUUAUGGAUGACAAUGGCAUGAAUGACCCUACGCAGUUUGUUCCAAUGACUCCUGUCUCAAUGUCUGCCAUGACCGAUUCAACAUUCCCACCUUCGCUCGUCGCUGACCCUUGGGUGCCCGAAAGUCAAGUCUCGCCAGAUUUGCCGCACCCAACCACCGAAGUUCAAGUCCCUACAAAACCGAGUGUGAGUGUUCCAGAAAUAGUUACACGACAAGACUUUGGAAUUUCGGAGAUCAACAAUGCUUACGACGGGGGUGCGGAUGGCUUGGGUGCAGAUAAUGGAUUAGAGUAUGGGAUGGGACUUGACCAAAACCUGUGGAUGCCCAACAACGAUUGGUUAAGCAUGGAUGCUCUCCAUGGAGGUGUUGGAGUCUGA